AUGGGACUACCACUGACCAAGCACUCAACACCAUUUUCUGCCCUCUGUAUGGCCCCGUGCCUCCCUCCCACCCGCAGUGAUGUAAGCGGCAACAGCCUGUACGGCCCAAUCAGCCGCGACUUCAAGGGCAUGGUGGCGAACAGCGGCGCUCUCGUCUACCUAGCCCGCAACUUCUUCUUCGGGGAAGCCGUGCUCUUUGCUGCCGGCUGCAAAGUCUGCCCCACCAAGGUCAACGAGCCCAACAACCUGGGCCUCAAAGACACAUCCAACUGGCGAGUCUCUGACGGCAAGUGCAACAAUGCGCUCCCCGAUUACCUACCUAAAGAGUACUACGCUGCCGCGGGGGCAGGGUUGCCGCUGAGUGUGAGCCUGUUGGGCAACUGCCUGACUCUCAGCCCGAACGCGGAGUGCGCGGUGAAUGCAACCCAGCGCAGCACGGCAGCCUGCCAGGCGUUCUGCAGCAUCACGGACAACGGCCCGUGUGACGGCCAUGGGGUGUGUGUGCCGGCUGCCCCUGCCUCUCCCGCCAACUUCACGUGCCUCUGCGAUGCCGGCUACACCACUCUCGACUCGGGCAACGGCUCCACAUGCGCUAUUGUCAACUCCACCACCACCACCAACACUGUCACCCCUAGUCAACACAAAACGCAUAUAAGAAAAUGGGCUAUGAAGGUGGUGGAGGCGUAUGAGGUGGAUGAGCUGAGGGACAGCAAGAUGCCGGCAGCAAGCGAGGAGGCCAUGGUGGACUUUGCAGACCUGGCUCUGGACUGCAUCAAGUCUCCCGGCACACGGCGACCCACCAUGAAGGAUGUGGCAUACCGCCUCAGUGCCCUCAUUGACAAACACUGCCCUGACAGGGAGGAUGAGUGGGAGAGUGUUGCGAAGAAAGAGACCGUCGCGAUCAUGUUUUCGCCGCUGGCGUGCUUCUCUCCGCACAACUUCGCGGACGAUUUCAGUGAUUUCGGCGACGAUGUAACUUUCGACGAAAGGUUUCCGCAAGCAACGCCACCUACGCGAAGCGUUCCGAAAAUCCCCUCUCUCUCGUCACUGCCGGUCUUCACGCGGCCGCUCACAAGCCCCGCAGCCGCGUGCGUCGCAGCCUUCCCCGUCUGCUGCUCGCCCACCAGCGACGGCGGUUCACGAAACGAUUCCUUGCGACGCCACGUGCGACACGUCGAGCGACGAGCCAACGACGCCUCGUGCGACGAUCGGCGUGAUGGCGAGUCGCACGAAUUGUCGUUGUGGGCGUCUGAGUGUGCUCAGGCGGGGCGGAACGACAAGCACUCGCAUCACGUACACGCCCCGUUCUCCGUCUCUGUUCCCCCCGUUAUAGUGCCGUCGCCUACUAGCAACGACGUCGCGCGGCGGUAUUUCUCCAGCGGCAUCGAGAGCCGCGCUGCUCUCGCAGGGAACGCCACGAACCGCAACAAAUCGAUGCGCAAAUCGAAAGGCGCCGGGGGCGGAUACGGCGCGGACGAGAAACAAGACGCCGUCGCCGCGGAGUCGGCGCCAGCAGCGGCGGCGCGGGCAAACCCAAAGGCCGGUAAGACGACAGAAGUCGUCGCGGCCGUCACCACCGCCAGUUUCGCAAAGAGUCGCACGUCGCUGCGCGCGCGACCAUCACUGGUCAUCCCAGACCCUGCUGGGGAGCCGUUGGAUUAUAACGAGGGCUUUGUCUCAAUCAACGACGAGUUAGCGAAACCCCAAAGGCCGUUACAUGACAGUAACCACGUGCUGCCGCCUCACCGCGGCUGCGCAAGUAGUAAGCCGCUGCCGUCGCGCAACCGUUCCAAAUCGAGGCCGCGAACAGCGCCCAUGGGAAUUGCGCGCUGGUUUUGGGACGCCGCCGCGGGAGUAGCAGGAGCGGCCGGAGCGGGAGAAGCGGAAGGGGCGGAAGGAGCGGCGGAAGGAGCGGCGGAAGGAGGGGCCGGCGGAAGCCAGAUCGGCAAUUCGACCGAGGACGCAACGACGGUGACAGCGCUGGGCGGCGACGCGGCGGCGCCGACACGGACGACGUUGUUCCCAUCGGCGCACAGCGAAGGCGGUGGCGGCGAGCGGCGCCCGCGCGACGUGCUAAUCGUGAAAGCGGGAAGGCCGCCCGCGGAUGCGGGGCGGGCCAGAGGCGGCGUGUUCCGCAAGCAGCAGCGGCGGGGGAAGGGCAAGCGAAGCGUGUUCGUAUACGAGCUGGUGCGCGCAUCCGCGGGGGAAGGCGCAGAUUCGGAAAUGCGCGUUCCGCGCGCGAGAACUGCAGGGGCGGCGGAGAGCGGCAGCGCAGGCAUGAGGGAGGCGGAAAGCGCGGAAGACGGAAGGGGGAAGGCGCGGGCUUGGCAGCAGCGGUCGCUGGAUCGAAGCGACACGCAUAGCGACAUUGCUGACGUGGACGAAUGGCGGAGGGAGAUGGAAAAGUAUCUGGCGGAGAAGGAGCGACGCGCGAGCCUUGAGCCCACCCAAAAGGAACGGACGAUGGUGACGUGGCAGCACGCGGAAAACGAGACGCGGAAGAAGCGUGAGCAACCCACACUCCCCACACGCGGAGGACAUGAUGACGUGGAAGUAGUACCAGACUUGGGAGUGGAUGACGAAAUUGAGGAGCACCAUAGCGAGAGUGGCAGCUGGCGCGAUACAAGCAGCGACGAGGAUGCGGGAAUUGACCGGUGGGACCUGGAAGCGGAUAUAGAGGAGCACCAUAGCGAGGAUGGGAGCAGCGCUGCGCUGUCUACCGCGUCGAGCGGCCGCGGCGAAGACGCGUGGGGCGUUGGGGGCAGCAGCGGCAGCGAGGACUGGCGAGCAUGGCAGCAGGGGCGAGACGAAGAAGUAUUAACCGAGUUGGGAGUGGAUCGGGAGGAGUUGAGAGCGGUGACGGGGGACGAGGAUUGGUUUGAAGAGGCGGAUGAGGGCGUGCUGCUGGUAGACGAGGGGCGGGUCGUGCUUGCAUCUGCAUCGGCUUCUGGGUCAGACAGUGGCGAGCGCAGGGAAAACAGACAUCGAGAGAGGGCAGGGGGGUGUGUGGGAGCAUUUGCGCAUGUUACUCGUCCCUCCGCGCAUGGUGCAUCUCCCCUUCCUGCAGACUCAGCGGUCCCUUCCGCUGCGCCGCCCCGUGCCAUCCGCCAAGCCAGCAAGGCCGCCGUUGCUCGCGCUGCAGCGCAGGCGUUUGGUGGGGAGGCGGGCGCUAGCAGUGACAACAGCACCGGCAGUGGCAGCGACAGCAGCAGCAGCAGCAGGGAGGGGGAGCGACCUGUGCUGCUGCGGUGCGAGGGCGUGCGGGGGAGCAACCGCGUGCGCGCGUUUGACCCCAGCGAGUACGAGACGGCAGCAACAGCCGAUUACGAGACAGCAGCAACAACCGUCGCCGCAGCGUCUGCAGCAGCUGCAGCAGCAACUGGCGCAGGCAAGGGCGUCCCUGAGAGCAAGUACGAGGCAGGCGGAGAGGCGGAGAGACGGGCGACAGAAGGCUGCUGCGGCGAGCCCGAGCGCGACGACGCUGUGCUGAUGUCAGCAGCGGCGGGAAAGGGCCAGCAGGCGACAGCGGCGGCAUGGUGGCAGUUGGGCGGGCCAGGGGCUGAUAAGAGUGCCAGCAGCGGCGGGAAGGGCGGCAGGCAGAAGAGCACAGGCAGCCGAGCGAGCAGCCGGGUGGGCAGGGGGGUGUGCAAGGGCCGGUCGCGACCGGUGGGACCCCCACCCACGCCUCAGAGCCCUGAUGACGAUGUACGCACGGAAAGCCGCACUUUACCCUCGAUAUCCCCGCCGGCCCUCCUCUCACGCGCCGCAGCAUCACCAUCAUCCCGCCUCCCGCCCUCCCCACGCCUACCGCCCUCCCCGCGCCUAUCGCCCUCCCUGGGCCUGAGAAGGCAGCAGUCCGCCGCUGCUGCGCUGGCCUCUGCUGGCCCUCAUGCUCCCUGUGCUGACUCGUCCCGUGCUUUAGAAGCAACUUAUAGGCACACUAAGAGGCAGGCUGACUCAGCUGCAGGCAAGGACGGCGCAGGAGUGCAGCAGGAGCGCAGGCGAGCAGCAGCGAUUUAUCACAAGAGCAGCAGCACUGGCAGCAGCAGAGAGGGAGGCACCAGUGCGGGCAACAGCAGGAGCAACGUGUUGGGAAGCCAAAGCGGCAGUGCUGCUGCUCAGCCCAAGCGCAUUGCCCAUAGCGUGACCUACCACCCUGGAGGCAACACAAUAACUAGCCUAGCCACGGCCGGGAGCAGCAGCACUGGCAGCAGUGGGGGAGGAGGAGGUUUCAGUGGCACCGGCAGUGGAAGCAGCCAAAGCGGCAGUGCUGCUGCUCAGCCCAAGCGCAUAGCCCAUAGCGAGAGGGCGACGAGAGCACGGCAGCAAGCGGUGGCACCAGCAGUGAGGGUUGGGGGCAGAAGAAGCGAGGGGAGCAGUGGGCGGGAGGGGAGAAUCGAAGGCGGAGCAGGCAGCGGGCGGGUGUUGCGGCGAGGCAAGACUCAGCCGAGCCGGCGCUUGGAACAACGGGAGGGGGUGCCCCGACGCAGAGAGGGGGACCUGCUCAUUCGCACGCAUGCGCUAGGGCAAGACACGGAGAUUCUGGUGCUUGACAACUGA